AUGACCGACAUCACCGGACAGCUUUGCAUUAAACUCAGGCGGCUGAUGAACGCCUGCGUGCGUUUCAUCUAUGACCUCCGCUGGGAUGACCACGUCUCUCCUUAUUACUCCCAGCUAGGCUGGCUACAAACGGACGACAGAAGAUCUUAUCUUCUCGGCUGCUUUAUCUUUCUGAACCUCCACAUCGGCAUACCUUCCUAUCUUGCCUGUAAGUUAUCGCCGUGUCACAGGCGAAGAGCUACCACAAGAGCCUCUCCUCUGGAUCUCGCCGUACCUACUUGUCGCACCUCUACCUUCCAGCGUUCCUUUACCGCAGCAGCACCCACCUUCUGGAACUCUCUUCCCACCCGUAUACGUGGCGCUGAUUUACUCGACUCUUUCAAGCGGGAUCUUUUCCGCUUUCUACAGCAACGAGCGGCUCCUCAACCCCUGGGAUAA